GUGGGUCUUGAGAUAAACAUUUCGCGGGCGCUGCGUACGUGACGGAAAAAUCGCCGAAAAACGGCGGCCGCCGCCGAACGCUGUACGGGAAAUCGUCAAUUCGCCCAACCGCGCGCCGACCAACGACCCCACCGCCGACGAUGAACGGUGCCGGCGGCGGCGGCGACGGUCGGACGGACGAGGGGUGCCGAUGGUAGCGCACGCGCUCGCCCGACGACUCAUACUAGUGGCAUACGCUGGGCCGCCACGCGCCGUCCGAACGACGUCGGCGGCGGCGUUGAAAUUCGCCUUUUUUUUUUCUUUUUUUCCUGCCGCUCAUCCAUCAAUAUUCGACACGUGCCGCCCGCCGUCGGGGUGCGACGUCGCCCGGGCAGACCGCCGAGGACGGGAGGGGAGGGAGGCGGUUCGGUUUGACAAAAACCGCGACGGCGCUAACCUCCCCGCGACCCACCAAUCGUCGUUCGCCGACGGGGGGGUGCAAGCUCGCCCACCUGCCCAUGGUCGUCCCAGGGGCCCGGGGAUUCGGAGCUUCUACCUCACCAACGGCCCAUCGCCUGUUGAUGCGUCACACGGCGACGACGGUAUCCGAGCGCCCGGCUCGGUCGACGACGAACAUUACUCCGUCGGACGCACUGCCGCGCGCACGUAAAGCCGCCGAAGACGGAGCUCGUAAUACUGUCAGACCGACUUUGGCCGGCCGAAACGUCAAACCGCGAACAGAAGCAAGUGGAGGUCAAUUUUUAAGAUCAGGCACACACCAAAUGGUUAGAUCAAAAAAGAAGUCGUCAUCCAAUCAAUCAUCAAACAACAUGGAUCCAUCACAGUUCAAUGAUUCCUGGAAAAUUGUGAAACAUGUAAGCGGAAAUGUAGCAGACACAAAAAUGCAAAACCGUAAAAAAAUGUCUAAUGUUGUAACACAGAAUACGGCAAAUAAUAAUAGUCAAGCUCAUAAUUCAAUGGAAAAUACUAUGAUACAGCACUCUAAUUGGAAAGACCAUAGCCAGAUGCCAGACCUUCUGAAACAAUGGGAUUUCUCAUUAAUAUUGGGUGAAUUAUACAAUGACAUUGUUAAUGGUCAAAAUUCAGCAGAUAGUUUGUUUAUGCCUGACUUUAAUUUGUCACCACCAUUCAAUUUUCAAUCAAAAUUUAAUUGCGAUAAUGAAAUGCCUCCCGAUUUAAGUCAAUCUAACUUUCCUCUCAUCGAUGGACAAAUUUUAUCUAACAAUGGACCAAGAAAUGAUUUUAAUGGCAAAUAUGCUAACGCUGUGUCUGCAGAGAAAUCUUAUGUAAAAGUGUUAAAAUCAAAUGCAGAACCUAGUGCAUUUAAAAUGAGAAAAAAGGAUUUUCCAGCAUUGCCUGGUACUCAAAUACAAAUGCCUAAUGUUGCUAAUAAACAGUCUACUAUGACAGAUUCCAAUUCAGAGCGGGUCACAGCAAAUAUUGAACCUAAAUUGUUUAAUAAUCUUAAGAAAAAUAAUUCAAGGCCUUCUUGCAGAAGUUUGUCAGAUACAGACUUCCAUGUGAAUGGUACUACUGUACCACUUUCAAAUCACGUUAACAUAUCAAUUGCAAAUGGUAUGGUUUCUGACAUACCUGGCAGUAUGUUACGUGAUCAAUUUGGAAUAAUUGGUCAUCUGGUUUCUAUGAGAGCUGUAGAGUAUGAUCGUAAAUUUUCGACAUUAACUUAUGGACAUGAUUUAACAUCUCUUGGUAUGAACUUGAAUUCCCCUGAAAACAUUUACACAACAUUUGCAGGUCCAUUUGAAAGUGCUCCUCUGGGACCACAUAACAUUGACUUUGAUGUACCACCAGAAUAUAGAGUUCAAGAUAAAAUCAAGGAUAAGUUGGCUCCAAUUAACUUGUCCAAGUACGAGGAGGAUUUAUUGUUCUAUCUUUUUUAUACUCAUUUUGGAGAAGUAAUGCAGUUGUCUGUUUCUGAUGAAUUGCGUAUUAGAGGUUGGCGCUACCAUACAGGAUACCGUGUAUGGUUCAUUCCUGAGUCUGAAUCUAUCAAGUUAGAUAAAAAUGGUACAAAUAAACAUGGCAUAUUUUAUGUGUUUGAUCCACAGUUGUGGCGUAAAGUUCCAAGAGAAUUAAAUCUUGGUUAGUAAUCAUACUAUGUUAGAUAGACUUUUUGUAUAUACUAGUUUCAUACUAUCUUGUACAUCAACAAUAUAAGUUUCGUUCUAGUCAAUAAAAAUAUUUGAUGUACAAUUACUAUAUAUAUUUUGAAUGUCAAUUAUAUAAUUUUUUUUUACUCCGUGACCUCGUUCAAAGUCCGUCCAAGACUUGAUAAUUAUUAUUAUUUUAUAAUAUUUUUUUUUCUAUCAUAUGCUUAAUAAUAAAUUGUAUGGGCAUUUUAUGACAAAUAUCCAGAUAAAUAACUGCCAUUCCAGAAUAACUAAAUUUUUUAUCAUAAUUGUAUUACUUUAAUUCAUUUAACUGUGAUUUUUUGAAAAAAAUAUUGUUUUAUAAUAUUAUAAUUUCAAUGUAUGUUUAUAAUAUGGAUAAUUUUGUAUUUUCAUUUUUUUAACAUAAUUAAUUAUAGUGAAAUGUAAUA